AGAAAAAUUUUCUCGAUUCCAUCUUCCUUUAGCUCCUUACGACUGCCUCCGUCAUGGCAUCCGCUCGCAGGACACAGAAGCCCAGCUCGAGGUUCUCCUUCGUCAAGAGAAUCCCCACGGCCGACCCGACGGCGGAGUUGCCGGUGCCCGCUGCCUUCCGAUGCCCGAUAUCUCUCGAGCUCAUGAAGGACCCCGUCACGCUGCACACCGGGAUCACCUACGACCGUCAGAGCAUCGAGUCAUGGCUGGAGGUCGGGAGCCUGACCUGUCCGGUGACCAACCAAGCCCUGGGGAACGACGAGCUCCUGCCGAACCACACCAUUCGGAGACUGAUCCAGGACUGGUGCGUCGCCAACAGGUCCUUCGGCGUCGAGAGGAUACCGACGCCGAGAAUCCCCGUGACAUCGAUCCAGGCGUCGGAGCUGCUAUCGGAGAUCGCCUUCGCUGGCCGUCGCGGUGACCGUGCUCGGUGCCAAGAGCUGGUCGGGAAGAUCAAAGCGUUAGGAAAGGAGAGCGAGCGCAACCGAAGGUGCAUCGGCUCUGCCGGUGCCGGCUGUGUGCUCGCCUCCUGCUUCAGCGAAUUGGCCACAGAAUCAUUCGAGAGGUCCAGAGCAGGUGCCGCGGAGGAGAUCCUAUCGGCGUUGCCUCUGUUCUUCCCUCUGGAUCAAGACUCAUGUCGGCAACUCUCGUCCCUCAAGUCUCUUGAAUCCAUCGUCUCGGUUCUGAGGUCUGGGGAUUUGGACGCGAGGGUUAACGCAGCCCUGGUCCUAAGAGAGCUCCUUUCUUCUCUGCCUCCACGGCGAAUCAAUGGCGUCGCAGGGACAGACGGACUGGUCGAAGCACUGUCGAAGCUAAUCCAAAACCCCAUAUCACCUCGAGCCACCAAGGCAUCGCUGGUGGCCGCAUUCUACUUGGUCGACUCCAGCGACAGGGCCGCGGGGGCACUUGUGGACACGGGAAUAAUCCCCUCGCUUCUGGAGAUCCUCGUCGACUCCGACAAAGGCAUGUGCGAGAAGGCACUGGCGGUCUUGGACGGCGUUCUCGGGUGCAGCAGAGGAAGAGAGAUGGCCUAUGGACACGCCUUAACAGUGCCUGUGCUGGUGAAGAAGAUGCUUCGCGUCUCAGACAUGGCGACGGAGUUCGCUGUCUCGGCUCUUUGGAAGCUGUGCAGGAACGAGAAGAGGGGAGGAGGGUGCUCGAUGGAGGCGGUUCGAGUGGGGGCGUUCCAGAAGUCGCUGCUGCUGGUGCAGGUCGGCUGCAGUGGAGCAACCAAGGAGAAGGCUAAUGAUCUGCUGAAGCUUUUGAAUGGAUGCAGGGGGAGCAUGGAAUGCACGGAAGCAGUGGACUUCAGGGGGCUAAAAAGGCCCUUCUGAUGGAGUCGAUGAUCAG